AUGUCUAGCUUAGAAACCGUUGCGCAAUAUUUUACUCGUGUUACAAACUUUAUCAAUAAGAUGAGAGUCUAUAGAGACGAUAUGUCCGAUAGUAAAGUGGUGGAGAAAAUUCUUCGCACCAUGCCGAUGAAGUAUGGCCAUGUGGUGACUACAAUACUAGAGUCACACGAUAUGAAUACAAUGACGAUUGUAGAGUUGCAAGGAACCAUGGAAAGCCACAUUAGUAAAAUACUGGAGAAAUCAGAAAAAUCAACCAAGGAAGCCAUUAAAAGCCGAGUGAAUUUAAACAAUGUUGCAGCAUCAAGUCAUACACAAGAAGGACGAGGUCUUGGUCUUAAUUUUCAAAGUAAAGGCAGAGGAAGUUUUAGAGGUAAAGGUCAUGGCAAUUACAACCAAUCAAGUUACAAUAAUUUUACACCACCUAAUCAAGGAAGCGGUGAAACGAAUUUCAGACCUGUCAACUGA